AUCCCAAAACUGCUUCUAUCUCUGAUAAACAAAACACACAAACACAUUCGCAUAAUGGGAGAGAUGAGAGCGAGCAAGGUGGUGUUGGCCAUUGUAAUGGCUUGCAUGAUGAUACCAGGAAGUACUUUUGUUCAGGCUGAAGGGAACUUGACGUGUGACCAGGUCACCAUAUGGCUCACGCCAUGCAUAAGCUACGCAGUGCUCGGAGGUGAUGUGUCGCCGCUGUGCUGUCAAGGAGUUCACUCUCUAAAUGCGGCGUAUAAGACCGCCGACGACCGCCAAGGAGCAUGCCAGUGCAUCAAAGACAAGGCUGCCUAUAUUCCUGGGAUCAACUAUGAUCGUGUCAACAAAAUUGGCCAUAAUUGUGGUUCUAAUUGUCCCUUCAAAGUUUAUCCUACCACUGACUGCUCCAAGGUGAAGUAAGCAAAGAAUGGAAACUGCCAUGUCUCGUCAGUAUCAGUAUGAAAGAAGACGGCGCAUUCUGUUAAGGAUCUUUGUGAGACUUGAUGGCGCGGCUUAACUAAUAAUAAUAUAUAAUACAAAAAUAAAUUAAAAAAAAGGGUGUAUGGAUCGUAUCGAAUUGGUUCAUCAAACUUAAAUAAUUUGGAAGCUCAAUAAAAAUUUACGUUUCAGCAUUAAUGAUAUGUUGUUCUUUUCAUUGUUUUAGUUUAAUCACUUCUUAUCCUAAUUAUUAAAGCUAGCCUACUAGCUAGUUUAAUUACCGUUCGUAUAGAUACUUUUUCCCUAA